AUGAAUGACGUUAUAGGCUCCAAGUUGAUAAGUGUCUCUUCAUCUACGGCUGACUUUAAUGCGACUGACGAAGAUAGUUGGCUAUUCGAAGAAUUUAGUCGCGAAGAUGCGGUUAAUGUACUACAGAGUCAACCCGACGGAACAUUUCUUGUUCGUCCCAGUGGUACAAUCAAAGGCGAUCUUGUUCUUUGUGUAAAGGAAGGUUUAAAAGUGAGCCAUUAUAUAAUAAAUGUUACUCAAGAAUUACCGCAGUCUGUAUACAAAAUUGGUGAUAAAACUUUUUCAAGUAUGAAAGAACUUUUAACUUUCUAUAAACAGCGCUUAUUGGACACAUCACCACUGGUUCGAAUCUAUCCGAAAUCGCGUGUUCGAACGAAAUAUAGAUUUGAUGGCAAGGAUGAUGAAGAUUUACCAUUUAAGAAAGGACAAAUCUUAAUGAUCAUUAAAAAAGUCGAACCGUUAUGGUGGUUAGCAAGAAACAGCUCAGGGGACAAAGGGAUGAUCCCUGCAAACUAUGUCGAAUAUAUUCGGUAA